AUCUCUUUCGGAUUCAGUCAGAGAUCGUGACGACUAAACGUCGUGAUGAAUCCAAUUAAACUUGACCUCGAAGGAAACUACUGUGGGAUGUGAGGGUCUGAGGGCGAAGUAUGGGGGUGGAAGGUGCUCCGUCGUGGAGGGGAGGGUGAGGCGGUUUUGGCGCCACUGACGCGCGGGGCAGCCUGGGAUCGCUGGCCGCUUAGGGAUUUAAACGGGCGAAAACCAGGCGUAAAUCGGGCGAAAUUUCGACGUAGGUCUGGUAGGCGGGCGACGAGUUUACCCGUGUCGGAGCGAUGCCGAACGGCGAGGAGCAGCGGCAAGCGAGCGACUGCUUUGACAGACUGUGUCAGGACCUGAACUUGGACCGAGAGACGGCCGCCGAGGCUUGGGGCAGUUUCCAACGGAUCGGAAGCACCUACACCCUGGAGGGGGAAACUCUGCAUUGGCUGGCUUGUGCUUUAUAUGUGGCCUGUCGAAAAAGCAUCACCCCAACCGUUGGCAAGGGAAUGAUGGAAGGAAAUGGUGUUUCAUUGACAAGAAUUCUUCGCUCAUCAAAGUUAAGCCUAAUCCAAUUCUUCAACAAGAUGAAGAAAUGGGCAGAUAUGGCCAACUUAUCCCAAGACUUCCGAAAGCGAGUAGAGCAAUUAGAAAGGAAUUUUGAAGUUUCCACUGUUAUCUUCAGAAAGUUUCAACCUAUAUUUUUGGACAUGUUUCAAAAUCGUCACCAGGAUCAGCCUCGGUUUCAGAGAAGCCGAAAGCAGAGGCGGCUUCCAUGCAGUGUAACAGAUGCUUUCAGUUUUUGCUGGACCUUAUUUGUGUACAUUAAAGGUAAUUUUAGUAUGAUUGGUGAUGACCUUGUAAAUUCCUACCAUCUUUUGCUGUGUUGCCUGGAUCUGAUCUUUGGAAAUGCUUUAUUGUGCCCUAACAGAAAAGAUCUACUUAAUCCAGAGUUUGAAGGUUUGCCACCAGAGUUUGGCAGCCAGGACUAUAAACCCCCAGUGCAACCACCAUGUAUCAUUGAGAAGCUAUGUGACCUGCAUGAUGGGCUCAUAGUAGAAGCAAAGGGUAUCAAGGAACACUAUUGGAAACCUUACAUUAAGAAGUUAUUUGAAAGGAAGAUUCUGAAAGGAAACAGCGAGCUCUUUGUAGAUCUUCUGGACAGUACCAACUUCACAGACAACAACAAAGCAGUAAACAAAGAAUAUGAAGAAUAUGUUCUGACAGUGGGUGAUUUUGAUGAGCGAAUAUUUCUGGGAGAAGAUGCGGAUGAGGAGAUAGGGACACCUCGUAAAGCUGCAGCAGAUGUUCCAGCUGGCAAAUUGUCGGCAAGAAUGCAAGUUGAGUGCAACCUGCAACAGCACUUUGAAAAAACAAGGUCUUUGACGCCUUCAACGCCAUUGACAGGAAGACGUUACUUGAAAGAGAAAGAGCCUGUUGUGACACCAGUGUCCUCAGCAACGCAGAGUGUCAGCCGUUUGCAGACCAUGGUAAUGGGACUAAAGAAUACUCCAAGUGAACAUCUGCUGCAAAUAUUCAACUCUUGUUCACGGAACCCGAUUGAAGCAAUAUCAGCCCGAGUGAAGGAGAUCGGUGACAUCUUCUGCCAACAUUACUCUCAAUCUACGGAAAACCAGGCUGGUUCUCAUAUAGAUUUUGCCAUCAAACGGUUGCGGCUUGCUGAAAUCUUGUACUGGAAGAUUCUGGAGACAGUGAUGGUGCAGGAAAGUCGACGCAACCCUGGGAAGGACAUGACAGUUUUACUGGAGCAAGAUAUUUUCCAUUCGUCGCUGAUGGCAUGCUGUCUUGAGAUCAUCCUGUCCUCCUACAAUUCCCAGCGCACCUUCCCAUGGAUUAUUGACAUCCUGAACCUUAGCCCCUUUUACUUUUACAAGGUGAUAGAGGUGUUGAUUCGGGCAGAGGAGGGUCUCUCCCGUGAUAUGGUGAAACACCUUAACAACAUCGAAGAGCAGAUUUUGGAAAGUCGAGCUUGGGUCCACGAUUCAGCCCUUUGGAAGGCUUUGCAUGGAGCACACAGCCAGGUUCCGACAUGUGAAGAGGUGACCUUCCCUUCCAAUUUUGAAAGUGCUAAUAGUGGUCCCACCCACCUCCCACUGAUGCCUAUGUCUCCCAUAAUGCAUCCUCGGGUGAAGGAGGUCCGCACAGAUAUGGCUGGGAAUUUUAACAAACGUGAUCUUCCUCCUCCAGCAUCUCCACUGUCUGUCCAUGAUCGGUUCACCUCACCUUCUGCAGGAAGUGCCAAACGGAGACUUUUUGGUGAUGAUAGUUCAUUGGAUGCUCAUGUGACUAUAGCACAGAAUAAGAUCAACGUCACCCAGUCAUCAGGACUGAGAAUUCUUCAAACGCAAAGUAUGAACAAUGAAAACGUUGCUGUCACUCCUGGGCAGACUGUUGUGACCAUGGCAACUGCUACUGUAACCGCGACCAAUGGUCAAAUGCUGACUAUACCUGUGCAAGGUGUUACUAAUGAGAUUGGAGGGAUCACCUUCAUCCCAGUCCAGAUGACUGUACCCCAGCAAACGCAGGUUGCAGAAGAAAUGGCCCAAGUGCCCCUCUCUGCCCAGGCGUUACUCAGCUCUUCCCCCAAGGCAGGGGGAGUUGCAUCAGCACAAGAGCCUCAGGUAGCAACAAUCAGCAAGCCAAAGAAGACAGGUUCACUGGCAUUAUUCUUCAGAAAGGUAUAUCAUCUGGCCAGCGUCCGCCUGCGUGACUUGUGCCUAAAACUGGAUGUGUCUGCAGAGCUUCGGAGGAAGAUUUGGACUUGCUUUGAGUUUUCCUUGGUCAAUUGCACAGAUUUAAUGACUGACAGACACCUUGAUCAACUUCUCCUAUGUGCUGUCUACAUAAUGGCAAAGGUUACUAAGGAAGAUAGGUCUUUCACGGAUAUCAUGAAGUGUUACAGAAGCCAGCCGCAAGCCAGCAGCCAUGUGUACAGGAGUGUUCUGCUGAAAGGGAAAGGCUUGUCAAGGAUUACAAGUAUUAAUGAACAUUCAGAGGGAGAUGUGGACAUGGAAACCCAUGUAUCCAGCUGUGAUCCCAGCACAAAUAAUCAUGGCGGUUUUGAGAUGAGAAGCCCUCCAGUGACUCCUGCCAGCAUAUCCAAGUGUCCAGACCCUAUGGAGGAAGAGCGUGGUGAUCUCAUUAAGUUCUAUAACACUAUCUAUGUGAAUAGAAUUAAAGACUUUGCAUUGAAGUACUCCAAUGUAAAACUGGAGUGUGGGGUGGAAGCACCGCCGCUCUCUCCUUUUCCGAAUGUGAAACCACAUCCCGUAUCUCCCCGACGGAUAUCACAACAACACGCAGUGUAUAUCUCCCCUCACAAGAACGGCACUUCUCUCACUCCACGUACUGCGAUGAUGUACAGGUUUAACAGGAGCCCCUCAAAGAACCUUAGGGACAUCAACUGCAUGAUCAAGCAAGGGGAACGGCUGAGCAGGAAGCGAGCCUUCACCAUGGAAAGUGACAGUGAAUCACCAACAAAAUGCCUCUGCCAAGAAAAUGACGACAUUUUGUUGAAGCGGCUGCAGGAUGUCAUCAGCGAGCGGGCAAACCGCUGAGAACAUAAAGCUUCUACGUAGAAUUUAUUAGGUAGAGUUGCUAGAAUCAGAUUUGUCUGGAAAGAACCUAGACUCCCUCCCACAUUCAACCAUUACCAGAACCCUAGUUCUUGUUCUUUGGGUGCAGACUCUGUAUACGCAGAGUUACCAGGAAUAAACAAAUGCUGCCCUGAACAAUCAACAAACAGCGCACUUCAAACAGCUCAGCACGUGUCUGGGAAGAAGUAGCAGUCAAUAUUUCAUCUUGGUGCCAUUUACUCCAUCACCUACUGGCUUGUUUCAACCUUGUAUACUGUUAAAUAACCGCUUCAGUCAGCAAGCCAGUCUUUGAAUGACUGGGCUUAGAUCUGCUUGUGUGUUCUCUGACUAGGUUGGGUUUAGGUUGUUGGGUAAGUACAAGGAAGAUCCACAGAAUUAAAUUUUUUAUGAUGAUGUGUGUAUUGAGGAGCAUACAGAGGGGUUUGGAGUUUGGAAUCAAAGAAUAUAAUAGCCAUACUGGGAGAUUAGCAGUACUCAGUAAAGCACUAACAUUACACCGACACCUGGUGCAGUGAAAGCACUUUACAAACCAGAUCCCAAAGAAUAACCAUAUAGCCCCCCAAUUCUUGGAUUCUGCAGAUGAACAGUUGCUGUUUCUUAAAUAAACACAGGUUCACGGGUCACUCUUGUGUGCCUUGGAGCACUGAAUUGGGAGUCUGGUGGAAGUUAAUUGGAGAGAGAAUCAGUGCUGCGGAAUGGAGAUUGAUGCUCUCUAUUCUGUCACUUUUCCUGUAGCAUCAACAUUGGAACACGCUGCAUCAGGGGUUCAUUUUCUCAUUUCCCAGCCCCAUCCUGUGAGCCCAGUGUCUGUAUUGUGUCACUCUGACAUUAGCUAUAAAGUGCCUUCACUGUUUUUAAGGGGGAAAGCAAGAAUAAUCUGCAGCUUGCGCUUGGCCUUCAGUGUAUGGAGAAUUCGGCAGGCCCAUUAGCUUUCUAGCAAAGAGUUUGCCUGCACAGUGGCUUUGAGGACAGAACUUUACUGCAAGUCUCAUCUUUCUGCAAUAUAAUGCCAUGCUCUCAGCCAUGAAGAGAGCGCACUUUCCCUUUACUUCCAACUUUGUGAAAUGUUGAUGUGUAGUGUGUUAAUGUGGUGUAACCAUGGUUCUCCAUCCCGAAGGCCUGUGCAUGUGUUGUACCAAAGUGUCAUAGACACUGCCUAUCUGAUGUGAUGGUGACUUAGUGAGUUAGGCCAGGAAUUGGAGCUCAAAUGCAAACCAGGCUGAUGGAAAGCGUGACAACUUCCAUUUAUUAAUCAUAUGAUUAGGGACAGUUUGAGCAUUGAGAUGACAGUUUGGAUUCCGAGUGCCAUCUUUUGUGUUCAUGGAUUCUCUAGCCCAGUGCCGUAUUUCCCAGUUGAUCCAUUUAUAGUUGUGUCCCCAUUUGGGCUUUGCCAUGAUACAGUCCUUGAAGCUCAGGCAGUGAGCCAGCUAGUGAUCCAAUCUCUGGUAGGGCCUCACAUGCAUCUGUAUGUAUUUAGAACACAGUUCGUGGCGUAGGCUGCACCAGAUUCUUUACCUCUCUGUCACCACAGGUUGGGGAGUAGCACCACACCACAGUGUUGAUACAGUUUGGGGUGUGCUUUGCUUUACUUUGGGGCCCAAGGUGAACGUGAUCUGGAAUGCUUGGGACUGAUUUUAUCACAAAAAUGCAUUAACUAGAUGAACUAACAGUAUCAGAAUCGGGUUUAAUAUCACCGGCAUAUGUCAUGAGAUUUGUAUAGGAAUCUUUCCUGUAACUUUCUGGGUCACUGGUGCAUUGGAUAGUGCUGCUGCCUCGUGGCUUCAGCAACCUGGAACUAACCCUGAACUCCAUUGCUUCUUUGUGGAGUUUGCAGAGAAUGUGGUUCUCUGCUGAAACUCUGGUUUCCUCCCAUGAUCUGCAGUGUAGCUGGAAGGCAGGAGAAUUGGGGGUUGACGUAUCAGAAACUAGGUGAGGGAAUGGGAAUGCUCUGCAUGCUGAAAUAUAAUCAGAGGCCCAAAUGGUCUCCUUCCAUGUUGUCAGAAAAUGAGGUACUUCCCCUGUGGGGAAGUCAGUUUCUACCAGUGCUAACCUCUAUGGACAACAGAAACAAGAGAAAGUGUAGGGAUUUCAGUUCCUAUUGAUCCCAAGAUCAACCACACCUGCCCCGUGCAUAGGGAGAUCUCACUGACAUCCCGUUAUUCCAUUUCAGAUACUCUGAUUCAAUCUGUACUUGUCUAAUGUAAAUGCUACAGCUUUCUACUGGUGGUCUAACCUGCAGCAAAAAGUACCAGAUCUCAGAAGGUUCACACAAGCUUUAAAUUUACUCCUGUAUGGUCUGCAAUAUGCUGUGUUUGUUUUAACUAUUGUGUAGCAUCUACACACAAUUCCUUUUACAUUAAUUUCCUGUUUUGAAGACUAGAGUGUAUAUUUGUAUAGUUUAGAUUAUUCUAUGAGUUAAUAUUUGUACUUUAAUGCUUUAUAUAUGGAAUUGAGAAACGAUUUCUGCUUUUGAAUGAGAAUGAAAAUGUUAAGAAAAUUAUCAGUUUAAAUUUUUACCUCUGGAAUUUUGUUCCUUUUGGGAUUUUUGUUCCUCUCUGAGAUGUUGACAGCAAAUUUACUGUUUCCAGCUUUAUCUCAGACCAGAGGGUUUGAAGAACCAGGUUUGUCCCUCAUACUCUGCCUCCCUGGUUGAGUGAAAGUUUCACUCUAAGCCUCAGCUUUGAGCAUUGGGUCCCAGGCAUUACUAUCCAAUAGUGGAGUUCUUGUAUCAGUUAUACUUUGGCCCAUUGAAGGGAAUGUUUUUCCUAGAUUAGUUCAGUACCAUAAUACUGUAAAUAUCUUAUGGCUAAUGCUCUGCAGGGGUUUCCAGACUGCAUUAACUACAACAGAAUGGCCAGAGGAACAGUUGAGUGCUGUUUACUCUGUUCUCACAUGGGAAUGCAGUUCCCAAUAAAAUUGUCUCUGACACAGUUGAGAACUGUUCCAUACAUGGCAUUGGUCAGUGACGCUGUAAUCGGAUUAAAUAUUGCCACAAAGUUUAGAGCUGCCAGGAUGUAAUGACCAGAGGAAUAUUGCUUUUUCCUUACCAACAUAUCAUGUGCGAUGGAAGUCUCUGCUCCUGCACCACAUCAGGAAUCAGCUACAGGAGUUGUCCAACAGUGAACCCAAGUUGCACACUUUAAUGCUCGCUCACCUUGUGAUAACUUUUUCCACUUUGGUUAAUGUGUUUUGUUUUUACCCGUAUGAGAACAGUAAUACUGUUAAUCUUAAAUAUCUUUUACUUUUGAGUACGGUUUUUAAAUAAAGUAUUUACCUGCAAUC